UUUGUUAUCACCUUAAGCUGAAUUUAUUCGCUUUUGCGAAAUACAAAACAACAAUAUUAUUGCUCGCCGAAACAGCGUAAUUUCAGCUCGGUAAUUUUCGUACAAUUUUUCGUUACUAAACUUAUAAAUACAGAACAAUGUACAAAAAUACGAUAAAGUUGACGCCCCAAGUGCGGUCAAUUGUGUUGGGAGCAUCCAAAAUUAUAUCCAAUAUUCCCAUCAAACCUAUUUCCACACUCCAGAAUGUCCCACAAAAUAAACCGCUGCUGUCAAUUUGCAACAAACCCGCAUGGCUAGCGUCCACUCGCAACAUGUUCAUCCAAACGCAGGAUACCCCGAACCCGGACAGCUUGAAGUUCCUACCGGGGGUUGCUGUCCUGGAGAAAGGUCAAACCAUGGACUUCCCCAGCAAAAUGAGCUCCCUCGGAAGUCCCCUGGCCAAGCUUCUGUUCCGCAUCGAAGGAGUGAGUUCGGUAUUUUUCGGACCGGAAUUUGUAACCAUUAGCAAGGAGGAGGACGCCGAGUGGCGGCUGAUUAAACCGGAAGUGUUUGCCGUUAUGAUGGAUUUCUUCGCUUCCGGUUUGCCGGUGGUGACGGAUGUUAAACCCACCGGAGAUACUCAGAUCAACGAUGACGAUGACGAAACGGUACAGAUGAUCAAGGAACUGCUCGAUACCCGAAUUCGGCCGACGGUGCAGGAGGACGGAGGCGACAUUAUUUUUAUGGGCUUCGACGAUGGAGUGGUCAAGUUGAAGAUGCAGGGCAGCUGUUCGUCCUGUCCGAGCUCGAUAGUGACUCUCAAGAAUGGGGUACAAAAUAUGCUGCAAUUCUACAUCCCGGAGGUGGUUUCGGUCGAGCAGGUUUUCGACAAGGUCGACAAGAUCACGGAGAAGGAGUUCGAGAAGUUUGAGAGCAAAGUUAUGCAGAAAGAAACUAAGAAAUAAGUUUUCCUGUUGUUGGUAUAAUUAGAUUGUAUAUAAAAUGUUGCUUUAACUAGUUUUAGUAGUUUGUGCGCUUGAACUCAAUAAACUUCAUACUAUCCUAA